UCGUCACAUCCGCCAUUUUCCGCGUGUGGCGGCCGGUGCGGCUUAGCGCUGCCUGUUCUCAUCAGAGCGUCGUUUUUCGUGCAGUGUCCCGCGAUAGCCUGUGUCGCUCAAGUUCUUCGGCCGUCUACUUCGCCUUCAACAUGAACAUCCGUUGCGCGAAGACGGAAGACCUGAUGAACAUGCAGCACUGCAAUUUGCUGUGUCUUCCCGAGAACUACCAGAUGAAGUAUUACUUCUACCACGGCCUGUCGUGGCCGCAGCUCUCGUAUGUGGCAGAGGACGAGAAGGGAAAGAUCGUCGGCUACGUGCUCGCCAAAAUGGAAGAAGACUCGGACGAAAACGACCCCCACGGCCACAUCACUUCUCUGGCUGUUAAGAGGUCGCACAGGCGCCUUGGACUGGCUCAGAAACUGAUGGACCAGUCGUCCCGUGCCAUGGUGGAGUGCUUCAAUGCGAAGUAUGUGUCCCUACAUGUGCGAAAGAGCAACCGAGCGGCCCUACAUCUCUACACCAACACCCUUGGGUUCAUGAUCAAUGAAAUUGAGCCGAAGUACUAUGCCGACGGUGAAGAUGCGUACGCGAUGAAGAGAGACCUCGUGAGCUUUGCAGCUCAGAACAAGCUGAGCCCCACUGACCCAGUCAGCUUCUUCGACUCCAAGAGCUGCAAGAAGGAGCGCGACAAAGAGCCUGACAGUGAGAAGCACUAGGACUUCAUCGUGCUUCUGCAUAUGCCAAAUAAAUUGUGUGGGUUCUUGUGGCGCGCCGUCAAAGAAUCGGACUUGUGUGGUUACGAGGUUUAGUUCUCGGGUUGUUGAAACACUUCGUUUUGUAUUGAUGAUCAACAGGCAACGACCCUCCGACCACUUUAGAGAUGGGGGAUAUCAAGUCAGUACGCUCAGAAAUCAGCCCAGGUUCCAGCUUUGUUGUUCGCUGUUGCCUCAUAGAUGACCUGAAGUUGUCCAUCUAGAGAGUGUUGAAUGAUGACAUUAUUUACAAUUAGUACUUGAGCAAGUUCUUCCCUUCCCUGUCAGCUAAAUGGAAGUCUUUUUACUAACACCAGUAAAAACGUUGCCCGUCGUGGAACACAGCUUUCAUAAACCAGCUUAUUAUCUGGGUUUUCUGAAAUCAAGUGUUCCUUGCACCCUAACACAAAAUACGUUUAUCAAUAUCUUGUAUGACACUGAAAUGGAUCUACCUUUCUACAAUACUUAACUCUCCGUUUUCGUAUACUAAUACAACAUGCACAUUAUUUGGACUGACUCAGUUACCUCAAGACAUUGGCAAGCUUUUUAAAUCCCUCUGAUUUUUCAUUGAAUGUAGGGUUUCUUCAUCUUUACCAGCCAUAUUUCACAGAACAUGUCCUGUUGAACUCUUGGUUCUAGUUUCAUAGGAAGCUUCAGCAAGUUGCUUGUCACUACUCUCAAUUAAGGGUUGCAUGGAUAUCUAGGAAACUGCCAAGUUAGAAAUAAAAGUGCUUUGCCAAGUCA